CCCGUAGUAUUGAGUGAAUCAUGAUGGCCAUACGCCUGUUGUUAGCAGCUACGAGCUGCGUGCUUGUUGCUGGGAGAAUGCGUGUUUCCAAGUGAUAACCCCAUUCAAGACUUGGUGGAAGGAGGCACAGUGCCAGCACAACCCGUAGGCAUCCAUCGUACAUAUGUCUACACCGAUGAGUUUGGUACGGACUGUUGUGGAUGUGUUAGAGCAUUGAACUUCUGCUACAGACUUGGGAAUUCUGAGAGCGAAGAGUUAAUGACUAUUGAAAUAAGAGGUCCUGGAACUCUGGACAAGUACGAGACAAUUAUACAGUGGUGGUCAAUUCAAUGAGGGACCGAACUAACUGUACAGAGAGAUACAACCUAGAUCAUAAUGAUUGCUGUGUUGAACAGACUCUGUCUGAACCAUUUGAAGUCGACAAUAAGAACAAUUUCUAUGCUCUGAGAAUACCAAACACAGCAUCCCUUCUUCUUUAUCAUGCAACUGAGACUGUAGCUGGACACGAGGAAGAUCGAUUUGGCAAUGUAAUGCCAGGGUGCUGUCUAUAAGCCACUUUUCUAUUUCGUCAUUGAUCCAUCUGAUAUGGUGGCGGCUCUAAUACCCCAACUUGUGCGUCACCCAACCCCAGUGUUACUGAACCAUCUCCUGACACUAGCACUGAUAGCAGUACCCGAAACACGGAUCAAACCACAGACUCUUCCUCUAGCAGCAGUGGUACUAGUACAUCAACCCCGCCCCCCACUGCCGGACCCUGCACCUCAGAGUGGAUCAGACCCCAAUAACACUGGUCAAGUGGCUGGGAUCGUAGCAGUCCUCCUGACCAUCGUUGUACUACUGGUCGUGGUGGUAGUAGUGACUUUCAUGUGUCUCAAGAAGAAGAAGAGACAGAGGAAGGUGGUGGUCAGUCGGGUUGGAGGGGAGGCAGAAGGAAUGAUCAAUUUGGUCUAUGGAGCCACAGACAGUGAGAAGAUGGAGGUUUCUGUUGCAGCUAGUGCUGCAAAUUCCAACACCUAUUGUGGCAAAACUACAUCAGAUAACACUAAACACCAAUACGAAUGUAUUGAGGAUCUCCCUAGCAGGAUUGAAGAUGAUGUCCCUACUCCCUACAUAUAUGCCUCUGCAGACACCUUGCCUCAGGGACAGGUCCCUGAUUCAUCGUAUGCAGCAAUCGGAGCUGAAGCGAAUGCUGGGAAGCGACCCAGUCUCCACUAUGAGGUGGACAGUAUCUACGAGGCUCCCGCCAGUAGUGAGAACGGUCUCUACGCCCAAUACGAGAAGAUAAAGAUCUCCACUAUUCCGAGAAGCACCAUUGAAGCCACCGAGUGUCUGGGCUCAGGCCAGUUUGGCACGGUCAACAAGGGGGUGUGGCAGAGCCCCAGCUCACCACUGGAGGUGGCCAUAAAGACCCUCAAGUCGUCGGCCAAGGAGGAGGACAAGGUCAAGUUCCUGCAGGAGGGAGCCAUCAUGGGCCAGUUCAGACACCCCAACGUGGUCAAACUCCACGGCAUCGUCAGGGAACAACAGACUGUGUUGCUGGUGAUAGAGCUGCUGGCUAAAGAGGACCUGAGAGAACACCUGCUCACUCUGAGACCAGAAGAGGGAGAGAGUGUUAACUCUGGCCUGCCUCACACUCUGUUGAGCUACUGUCGUCAGAGCAUCUCAGGGCUCUCCUACCUCGCCAAGAAAGGCUUCGUGCACCGAGAUAUAGCUGCCAGGAACAUACUCCUUUCAGAAGACCAUGAGACUUGCAAGAUUGCUGAUUUUGGAAUGUCAAGAGAUCUGGCCGACGAGACGUACUAUAUAUCCCGUGGAGGCAAGAUCCCUGUCAAGUGGACUGCUCCAGAGGCUCUCCACUACAAGAAGUACUCUACAGCCAGUGACGUGUGGAGUUUUGGGUGUCUCAUGUAUGAAAUAUGGAGUCUCGGACACAAGCCUUUUGAAACACACACCAAUCCUGAGGCAAUCAAGAUGGUGGAUAAAGGGUAUCGCUUGGCCCCACCCCCUGGCUGCCCUCGGGCAAUAUACCAGCUCAUGAUCAAAACCUGGUCAGUCGGCUUAUUAAUUUGCUUUCAUACUCUGAUUCCAUGACCUUAUGCAUCACAUCAUGUUUUUAUCGCAAAUUUUGCAAUAUUGAUGUGUUCAGUCAAUUUUAAGAUUUGAUUGCUGUGUACUAAAAAUGGCUAUAAUAUUACGGCGACAUGUAAAUGUAAAUGCUCUCCCUAUCAUAAUGAGUUGAUGAUGAAAAACGCAGGAAUCCCACUCCAUCAGAGAGACCUAUGGCUGAGACCCUCUCCCAGAACCUGAGUAGACCUGAUCCUACCCUCCUUAGUUGGAACGUCUCUGACAAGCCGGCCGGGGUACCCCAGGCACUCCAGCUGGGGGGUCCUCUCGACUCCACCCCUCUCCUGUACCCUGACCUCCAGCGAACAUACCUCCCUCCAGACCUCACCAACAACGACUACGAUGAACCCUCCUAAGACUAACUCUAGCUACAAUCCUUUUGUAUUUUAACCCUCCAUGUCAUUUUUUAACACUGUGUGUGUGCUGCAUGUGAAAUCGAUAAUGUUUGCUGCCAGUUUAGUUUAUUAACAACUCUUGUGUAAAUAUUGCCUGUAACUCAUCACUUGUUUGUAGUACAAAACUGAGUCGUUUGAUUGAUUAAUUAUGUGUAGCUGGCCUGAAAC